CUAGUCUCCGCCCACGCCCGCAUCAAGUACCCACCCCCGAUCGGCGCGCCCGCCGAGGCGCCCGAAGCGAACGCCUACAACGCCCCACUAGCCGCGGACGGCAGCCAAUUCCCAUGCAAAGGCCUGCACAAGUCCGCCUUGCUCUCCACGUCCGCAACGACCAAGUGGACCGCGGGUGAGAGCGCAUAUUUCGAAAUCCUCGGCCACUUAAUCCCAGGGGCCGAAGGCGCGCUAGCCGCGCACUCUGGCGGAAGCUGCCAAGCGAGCCUCUCCUUCGACGGCGGUGUUACCUGGAAAGUGCUGCACUCGUAUAUCGGCGGGUGUCCGCGCGGUGUGCCGCUCGGCAGCAACCUGUCCACCGAUCCCGACCAGAGAUUCAACUUUGUUAUCCCCGCGAAUACGCGUGCGGGUCCGGCGCUUUUCGCAUGGACGUGGAUCGCGGUCACGGGGAAUAGGGAUGAGUUUUACAUGAAUUGCGCGAAGGUGGAAAUUCAAGGCGGGGGUGGGGAUGGGGGGGAUAUGUUGGAGGAGAGCCCGGAUAUGUUCCUCGGCGAUAUGAACGUACAGGGACACAUUGGCCAGGGCCAGUGUAAGAGCACCCCUGGGGCGGCGCUGAGGUAUCCGAACCCUGGGGAGGAGGUU